CGUCUUGUUUUAAACCAAAAAACACGAGGCUGUGAACCCCGAAGAAGACGGGCCUUUUCUUUUCGACCAUCGUCUGCGAGUGAAAGCUAGGUGGUUUGAUAUAUUCGUACUCUUACGGUUCAGCUUUGCGAAAAUUAAAAGUAUUUUGUUUCCCAUUGGGUUUUCACACUAUUUGUGCAUUUUUAUCUGGACAGCUACAUCAACGGUUUGGCAGAGAGUCACUCAGAAUGGCAGAGGCAGACCGGCCAGGAAAGCUUUUCAUCGGAGGGUUGAACACUGAGACCACCGAGAAGGCCUUGGAGCAAUACUUCAGCAAAUAUGGCAGAAUUGUUGAAGUUAUUUUGAUGAAAGAUCGCGAAACAAACAAGUCAAGAGGAUUUGCAUUUGUUACCUUCGAAAAUCCUGCUGAUGCCAAGGAUGCAGCUCGUGAGAUGAAUGGAAAGUCUCUUGAUGGCAAGCCAAUCAAAGUGGAGCAGGCUACAAAGCCUCAGUUUGAGAGUGCUGGUAGACGCGGACCCCCACCCAAUUACUCUCGCAGUCGUGGUCCACCAAGAGGUCCUCGUGGUUCCAGGGGUGGUCCUGGUGGCAUGAGGGGACCCCCCAGGGACUACUAUGACAGUCCCGGAAGUGGGGAACCCUUCUUCAAAGGGAUGUCAUCAAGGGGCCCCCCUCCACUGAAACGAGGCCCUCCACUUCGUAAUGGCGGCCCACCACCCAAGAGACCUGCACCGUCUGGCCCCAUGGGCAGACGUGAGUCUCCUAUGUCAAGGGACAGAGAUCCCUAUGGUCCUCCACCCCGAAGAGACUCCAUGAUGUCCAGGAGGGACGAUUAUCCGUCACCGAGGGAUGACCACUACAAAGACAGCUAUUCCAGUCGGGAUUAUAAUUCAAGAGACUCGAGGGACUACGGACCUCCUCCAAGAGACUACUCCUACAGAGAUUACUCUAGUUCCCGGGAUGAUUACGGCUCCAUGUCCAGAGGAUACAGUGACCGUGAUGGUUAUGGAGGUGGACGAGAUCCAAGAGGCUACAUGGAUCGUCCCAGCGGGGGUUCCUACAGAGAUUCAUACGAUGGUUACGGUAACUCUCGCAGUGCCCCUCCCUCAAGGGGCCCCCCACCAUCCUAUGGUGGAAGCAGUGGAAGCAGUCGUUAUGAUGACUAUGGCGGCAGCUCUCGGGACGGCUAUGGAAGUCGAGACAGUUAUCCCAGCAGUCGGAGUGACCAGUAUCCCCCUAACCGUGGCGAGCGGAUGGGAAGGCAGGAUAGGGGCCCCGCCCCCCCUGGGGAUAGAGGCUACCCCCCUCGUGACUCGUAUGGCAGUUCAAGCCGUGGAGGGCCACGUGGAGGCCGUGGUGGCAGUCGAGUUGACAGGGGAUUGGCUCGCAGCAGAUACUAAACCGGACUUGGAAAUCACAAUAAAGAAAACGUUGGUCUUCAUUUUCACAAAGCAGCCAUGGUUAGCAAAUGUGGAAAGGGGGCCAAGUUUGACUUGUGUAAAGAGUUUCCAAAUUAUUUUUCUUUUUUUUAAUGUGUGUGUUUUAGUUUUAUUUUUAUUUUUUUCUUAGUGGUUAAUUGUUGAUGUCACAGCACAAUUUCCGAAUGUUAGUUUUUUUUUGUACAUUCUUGGCUGUUGGAAUCUGCAAUGCCCCUUCAUGUGGCUUUCCUAAUAAAGCUUUUAGUUGUA